AUGAGUUGCCGCACACUGCAAACAAGAGGAGAAACGUGGAGAUUUCUGUUCUUAUACUUCAUAUCAAAUAAUAUUAAUACGUUACGUGGAGAGAACAAGAUCAAUGAGAAGACAGUGUGGAUAGUAAAACCAUUCGUGGGAUAUUUUUUAUUUAUAUGACAACUUUUUCGUGUUCAUUUACAAAUGACUAGGACAUUUGAUCAAUGAUAUCAGCAAAGCAGAUGAGAACCAAGUGAUUCUCCCAUCCUUGGCCCUUCUGUCAAUCAAAGGUCCCACCUGAGCAAAGAGACGCCUCCCGCGUCCGGCUCUGAACAAACCCAUUUCCUUCUUGUGUUGGUCCCCGUGAGUGUUUCAAAACUGUUUCUCCAACGCUUUUUCCAGAAACUAAGACUGUUUUCCAAAGCAGAAACAGCACAGACCUCCCAGGCUGAGGUGAUGGGAAGUGUGCGGGCCAACCGCUACAGCAUCGUGUCAUCAGAGGAGGACGGUAUGAAGUUGGCCACUGCUGCGGUGCCAAAUGGGUACGGUAACGGGAAGGGUAAAGUCCAUACCCGUCACCAGACCCAGAGCAGGUUUGUCAAGAAAGAUGGGCAUUGCAAUGUGCAGUUCAUCAACGUCAGUGAGAAGAGCCAGCGCUACCUGGCCGACAUCUUCACCACGUGCGUGGACAUUCGCUGGCGAUGGAUGUUCGUUAUCUUCUGCUUAGCCUUCCUGCUGUCGUGGCUGUUUUUUGGAUGUAUCUUCUGGCUGGUUGCAAUAUUCCAUGGAGACCUGGAGAAUGACGGGCCCAAGUGUGUCUCCAACGUCAGCACCUUCACGGCUGCCUUUCUCUUCUCGAUCGAGACACAGACCACUAUCGGCUACGGUUAUCGCUAUGUUACAGAUGAGUGCCCCAUUGCAGUGUUCAUGGUUGUAUUUCAGAGCAUAGUUGGCUGCAUCAUUGAUGCCUUCAUUAUCGGUGCUGUCAUGGCUAAGAUGGCAAAGCCCAAGAAGCGCAAUGAGACUCUGGUGUUCAGCCACAAUGCUACAGUGGCCAUGAGGGACAAUAAGCUGUGUCUCAUGUGGCGGGUGGGCAACUUGCGCAAAAGCCACCUGGUAGAGGCCCACGUUCGAGCUCAGCUCCUUAGAUCUCGCACCACAGCUGAAGGAGAGUUUAUUCCUCUAGACCAGAUGGACAUCGACGUGGGCUUUGACAGUGGUAUUGACCGCAUCUUCUUGGUGUCACCGAUCACCAUCGUCCAUGAGAUAGAUGAGGACAGCCCUUUCUACGACAUGAGCAAACAGGAAAUGGAGAACUCUGACUUUGAAAUCGUUGUUAUCCUGGAGGGCAUGGUGGAGGCCACAGCCAUGACCACCCAAUGCCGCAGCUCCUACGUGGCCAGUGAGAUCCUGUGGGGACACCGAUUUGAGCCUGUCCUCUUCGAGGAGAAAAACUAUUACAAAGUAGACUACUCUCGCUUUCACAAGACCUACGAAGUGCCCAGCACCCCCCUGUGCAGCGCGAGGGAACUUGCUGAGAAAAAAUAUAUUCUAUCCAACACUAAUUCAUUUUGCUAUGAGAACGAGGUGGCCCUUUCAAACAAAGAGGAGAAAGAGGAAGGGACCGGGGACAGCCUGGGCCCUGGUGGGACAAACACGGACACUAGCUCAGACUCUGACCACAGCCAGGCCACUGUUCCCUUAGAACCGCGGCCUCUACGGCGGGAAUCUGAAAUAUGACUCUGCAGAACUAGCGGAAAUGUUUUACAGACACCUCUUCAUACAGGCACAUUGAGCUGAACUGAGCCCCCUCGGCAAGGCAGACUCAAGCUAACGGUACAGUUAUGAGGAGGAAUCGACAGAGAAACUGUACAAGAGUGUUCUUACGAGUAUGCAUGGUUAAAUAAAACACAGCAUAGAGGCACUGCACAGCUAACGAAGAAUGCACAUCAAGAGAGCAAGAGAGAGAAGAGAGAGAGAGUAACCCAUAAAGGUGAUACUACCUUCGUAGACCGUUGCUUCUGAAUGACAUGAAGCCGAGAAGAUGUAACUGGUUGACAAAACUUGAAAAUGAGCAGGCAUGUGUCCAUGCGCAGUUGUCCGAUGAUUUCAUUGAGCCUCAUGCUGCUACCAAAGUUGAUAAUAUUGUGGAAAAUUUAGAUAUUAAGUUCUGCCAAUUGAAUUGAAAAAUAAAAUAAAUGCUUAAUAUUAACAAUAUUAAAAUGAAAAUAAUAAUAGUCCUUAGAAAUAGCAUUAUACAAAUCAGAAAAAACACAGCUAGGAGUGUUAGUCAAUGUCUGUUUCAUAAAAAAAUCCUGGUCCUACCAUCUAGAUAAUUAUUCGAUCAUUCGCUCGUUUCCUUUCUAUUUAAAUCCACUGGCCUUUGUGUGAGGCUUCGGGUAUAUCUGGAACAAUCUAGGGGGCUUAGGUGUGUGACCUCUAUUUGGGAAUACCAACAACUUGGUGUCUGCUUAAAAAAAAAAAAAAAAAAGACAUUAAGUUGGAAGUCCUCCAUAGUACAUUUAAUUUCAGGUUAUCUGAAGGGAAAAAUGCACCGGAACAUGCCUGUUUAUUG